UGACAAAAUGGAACCCACCAGCAGUGUGAGGAGACCUGAAAGUGGCACAUGGCAGAGUGUGGCGAUGGAGACAGCAGCAAUGGGAGGCCGUACAGGGACCCAUGACACACUCUGGACCUGGCAGCAGCAUGAGGAGGCGGUACAGGGGCCCAUGACAGAUUACGGGCCUGGCAGCAGCAUGAGGAGUCGGUACGGGCCAGCACCCUAUCACAAAAUGGAACCCACCAACAGUGUAAGGAGACCUGAAAGUGGCACAUGGCAGAGUCUGGCGAUGAAGUCAGCAGCAAUGGGAGGCCGUACAGGGACCCAUGACACACUCUGGACCUGGCAGCAGCAA